GCUACAGACUAGUCCCACUAUUUUUAAUAUUUCAUCCGAUUUGUUCAGUCUCUCAAAAACAGGUAGGCUAAAUACAGAUCACAAUGGUUGAGGGUCCGGGAUGCACACUAAAUGGAGAGAAGAUUCGUGCAAGAGUUCAAAAGCGACAGAAAGUUUUAGAUAUACACGGAAAUGAAACUAAUUCAUCAUCAUCAGAUGUCAGUACCAGUAGCUCUUUUCAGAGCUUUAUGGGCUGUGAGUACACAGGAGUGGAGACACUGGGGAAAGAGCUGUUCAUGUAUUUUGGUUUCAGAGCCCUAAGAUUGCACUUUGGCAUGAAUGGUUCCUUGAGAAUAAAUCCUGUGGAGAGAAAAGAUUUGAAGGGAAAACCACCAGCGCUAGUUGUUCAACUUACCAAUGAUGUUAUCUGCUUUUUUGACACAACUGUUGAAAUCAGACUCUCAGAGGACUCUGAGCAGAGAGUAAGAGCCAUGGAGUGUCUUGAUAUCUGUUCACCCAAAUUCAGUUUCUCUCGGGCAGUGGAAGCUGUAAAGAGAGAGCAUGGGAGAAUGCUCUGUGAUGUGCUAUUGGAUCAGGCCAUCCUACCUGGUGUAGGAAACAUAAUUAAAAACGAAGCCCUCUUCGACAGUGGCCUUAACCCUACUGUCAAGGUUAACCAGUUGACAAGUGAACAGGUUCAUCAUAUUGUGAAGAUGACGCGGGACUUUACCUUGCUGUUUUAUAAGUGUAGAAAAAAUGGAUCCCCACUCUACAAGCAUUACAAGGUGUACAAACGUCCAAACUGUGGCCAGUGCAGUGGAACUGUCACCGUCUGUCGACUGGGAGAGAACGGUAGGAUGACAUACUUUUGUCAGAGCUGUCAGACAGGUGAUCCAAGUGAGGUCAACAUCAGUAAACUCCCAACUCGCAAUAGUUUGAUUGGAUGGGCUUAUCAGGGUGACAUGAUUAGCAGCGAUGAUGUGGCAAAGAGAGAGGAAGAGGAGUGGGCCUGUUCUCUUUGUACUCUAAUUAAUUCCCCAAGCAGCAAGUUUUGCGAUGCUUGUAUGAGCCCUAGACCGGAGGUACCUAAAGAGUCCACAAAGCUGGAUUAUUCACCUCGAGACCUGAUCCGCUACCCCUGCAACACUUUUAGCAAACCCCUGCAGGAAAUAAAGAUGAAUCGUAGGAGUGCAUUUGGGACCACCACUCUAAUCCUAACCAACCUCAGUGCAAAACCUGACUCUACUUUAAGUCCUGCCAUUAUCCAGACGAACACUCCAGAGACAGUGAGGGGUCUGAGCACGCACAGCAACUGGCAGCAGAAGAGUCCCAGUAAUGGUUUGAGUGGGAUGCAAUUCAAAGGAAAUGAGCCCUAUAAGAGAAAAUCUCCGGCAAACCACAGUCAGCCUAACAAGAGAAUGAAAACCACGAAUGGAGUGCUUUUUGGGGAAAGCAUGCAGAACUCCCUAAGGGACUCACAGAAUAAUGAUGCAUCCCUACCAGCAACCCCGUGCUGCAAAAGUCAUUGCCGGCCAUGCACCCUUAGGGUGGUCACUAAGGAAGGAGAAAACAAAGGCAGACAGUUCUAUGCCUGCUCCUUGCCAAGAGAGACUCAGUGCAACUUCUUUAAGUGGGCAGACCUGAAUUUUCCCAUGUGUCAUCAUGGCAAACGGACUCUUAUGAAGACCGUUCUAAAACUGGGACCGAAUAACGGGCGCAACUUCUACACAUGUCCAGUGAAAAUGGGAAAGCAAUGUAACUUUUUCCAAUGGGUUGAGAAUGGCCCUGGCAUUUCAAUUCUGCCUGGUUGCUGAAUCUACAAGUUGUAAAUAUAUUAA